GCUUCCGGUGCUGAAGCGUUUUGGGUUAUUGAGGGCUGUUUUUGUCGACAUGGCUGUUGCUCUGAACCUCUUGCUGGGCGGGCGUGUACGUGCAGCGGUCGCUCGCUGUGGGUUCGCGACCCGAGGGGUGGCGAGCCCAGGCUCUAUCGGCCGCGAGCCGGACCCCGAUUCUGACUGGGAGCCGGAGGAGCGGGAGCUGCAGGAGGUGGAGAGAGCCCUGAAACGACAGAAAAAAGCCAUCCGGUUCCAGAAAAUUCGAAGGCAAAUGGAGGUGCCAGGUGCCCCGCCCAGGACCCUGACGUGGGAAGCCAUGGAGCAGAUCCGGUAUUUACAUAAGGAAUUUGCAGAGUCCUGGUCAGUUCCAAGAUUGGCUGAAGGCUUUGAGGUCAGCACCGAUGUGAUUAGAAGGGUUUUAAAAAGCAAGUUUGUACCCACAUUGGAACAAAAACUGAAGCAGGAUCAAAAAGUCCUUAAGAAAGUUAGGCUUGCCCCCUCGCUCCGGCAGCUCCCAGGCUCUGGGGUUACCUUGAAACCACUUUCUGCAGGCCAUUCUGUAUCAGGCUCUUUGCUGAUGCCGGGGGAUGAAGUCUCAUCCAAAGGCCAUGUUCACAUCACAGCAUUGAGAGUGAUCAAAUCGAACACUCACAGUACAAAUACACCAAGGAGACAGAAGGGAAGGAAUAAAGGAAUCCAGGGCCUGGAGGAGGAGAGCUUCAUGCCUGUUACUGAAGCCCUAGGUCAUCUGAGAGAGCUGCAGAAGUACUCCACCAAUGAUUGUGAGGGCACCAGGGCAACUGACUGUGAUGGAUGGCCGAGUGACAAGAAGCUGGAAGAGUUGAAGGCAGGGGAGCCAGAUGACCAGAACUUUAGCAACAAAGUAGUACAAAGGGGGCGAGAGUUCUUUGACAGCAAUGGGAACUUCCUGUACAGAAUUUGAGCGGAACCUGGCUUGUGGUGAUGCUUCUCGAAACACAGCUGAGCAAGUAUAUUUGGAUCUGCCUGGAUUUCUGUGGAUGGAUUAUCCACCUUGGAAUGGGGGGAAAUGAUGAGCCUGGAAUGUGAGAUGAAAGCUGCUUAGAUCUGAACCUGACAAAGGGGAGAGAACUUCACAGAGCACAUAUGUAUGGAAGAAGGGUGAGUGACUGGCUGGGUGGAUUCCAGCCUCCUGGAUCACUGCUCCUAGUCUGACCUGUGUGGAUCUUCAGGAUUUACCCUUCUUUCCUGGGCUCUUUGUUGAAACCAGCCUGUGUUGUGUUGCAUGUGUUGUUAGGAGUUUUUGUGAUACUUUCAGUAUAUGUUUGGGAGGAAAUGAAAAAUUUGCAUUUUCACCUCAUUUACUUUUUGAUUAAUGAACUCUUUAACAGUUCUGGAACUGCUUAGUCCAUUGGUUGAUUUCAUUAUGUGCGAAAUAAAGUAAAAUGUAGCAGUC